AUGGCACAGCAGGUGACUGAGCACGAAAUCACGCCCUUCCGGAGUGAGGAGGAGAAUCAAGCGCUGGGCAAGCACCCUCACGCACUGGACUUCCAGUUCUCUCCUGAAGAUUUGGCGUUCUUGGACAAGAACGGGUAUGUGGUGGUAAAGGGCCUGUUCUCCGAGGAGACCUGCGAGCAGAUGAAAAAGGAGGUCUUCGAACGCGCUCACACCCUCAUGGGCGUGGAGAAGGACAACCACACCACUUGGGAUGUGCUCAACGAACCGCACCUGACCGUCUCCAUCGACCGCGUGUGCCUCAACGCUCCCACCGUUGUUUUCGACAGCGAAGGCAAGAUGAUCGCCGAUUUCCCAGAAAGGCGAAAGCAGAUCUUCCACAUUCACAACGAUAUGAACCUCUGGGAUCUCUCGGAGAACAAGUAUCAGGCCGGCAUUGCGUUGAACGAUUGUCCCACCGGCGGAUUCCAGUGCAUUCCAGGCUUUCACAAGUUGGAGGAUAUCAAACGCUACCGCGAGGACUACGAAAACGGAAAGUUCGGCGAGCACCGAGUGCCCGCGGAAGAUGAGACGUUCGUCUGGUUCAGGGACCAAGAAGCCAUCGACAAGCGAGCCAUCCAAGUGCCCAUGGAGAAGGGUGACAUGGUCAUCUGGUCCGCGCGGCUGCCUCACUCUGCCAUGCCCAACAUGUCGGCCGAGUGGCGCAUCCAGUGCUACAUCCGCAUGAUCCCCACGGCCAAGCACGAAACCUAUACGGCGGAGGUGGCUCGCUCGUCGCGCGAGGGGUUCAAGCCGCGUCUUUUCUCCACAAGCAACGCCACUGGCGAUGUCAACUUUGCCUGGGAGGUGCCACUGCACAAGGCGCCCUCGCCCUCGUGGCUCGGCGAGAGGCUGCUCGGCUGGAAGCCCUGGACCGCCGCCGCCGAGUGA